ACAAACUCUUCUACAGUCCUUCACAACUAGGUUCUCUACCUAUUGAUCCUGUCUAACGACGCAACAUCAUUACAAUGCGUUACUCAACAUUGGCUGCAUCUUUCGCCUUUGGCGCUCAGCUUGUUGCUGCCACUUCUGUCGCCCUGUCAACAGUUCCAAGCCUAAAAGGUGUCAGCAUAGAGGCUGUUGUGGAACUCCAAUCGUGGGACAACACAGAUGAUUUUUCAGCUGUCAACGCUACCCAGUGGGCCACUUUCCUAGAUCAGCCCUACGACGUCCUCGCAGCAUGGGACGACAAGACUACACAUCGCAUGUUCUCUCUCCUGCACAAUGUACUGGACUUCGGAACUGGACUAGACAAACGAGAUGCAACACCAGCUCAAGCAAAAGUUCAGAUUGAGAAUAAAAAAAACCUGUAUGACGAUGAGAUCAACACAGAUGAAAAGAAGGAUGGUGCAGUAACAGCAUGCUUAAAGUCAGGCAUCUGCAUUCUGUGCCUCAGCUCAGCUGGAACCUUAGCAAUUGGCAGAGUGUCUGCAUGCGCAACAGCUGCUCUUGCAGCAGAAGUGUUCACUGCUCCAGAGACAGCUGGGCUUUCUACCGGACCUGUUAUUACAGCUUUCAUUGAAUGCGCUUCUAUUCCAAUCGCUGCGUUCCUAACAGCAGCUAUUGGAUGUGCGGAGGCGGUAAAGCACGUUGGGGGUAAUUGAGGGAAGGGCCUUGGCAAGGGCAAGAGGAAGGACGAGGGCGAGGACAAGGGCUUAUACUUCGUAGCUGUCUGGUUAACUAAUAUGUUUUCAUUUUAAUUCCACAAAUUGAAAUAUUACUACAUCGGGAA